AUGGAUCAUCCACCACCACCUUCAUCAUCAUCCGUCGUUGUAGUACCUACAGGCGCCGCCGCCACUGCACUCGCCACCACCACCACUGGACUCGUUACCAACACCAACCAUCAUCAUCUCUGUUGUCGUUGGGCAGGUUGUUCAAUGACAUUUUCUGAUCCAGAGUUACUCUACGCUCACUUGACAACCGACCACGUCGGCCGAAAGUCCACUGGCAACCUAUGUCUCACUUGCCAUUGGGACCAUUGCCAUGUCACCGUAGUCAAACGUGAUCACAUUACAAGCCAUUUGCGAGUUCACGUUCCCCUUAAACCUCACCACUGCAACUAUUGCAACAAGUCGUUUAAACGACCUCAGGACCUCAAGAAGCAUGAAAAGACCCAUCUUGAAGAGCAACAGCAAUUGCAGGGAACAGCACGUGCUUCACAACACCCAUUGACUCCUCCCACUAAUGAUGAGUCAAAGGGACAACAUAGUCGUCAAUCAUCCGCUCAAUUGCUUCAACAACAAUAUCCACCUACUACUAGUAGUAGUAGCGCUGCUGGUAUCUUCCCCAUGUCACCUGCACCUACGAUGAUGAAUUCACCACCUCAUAGUACGAUCUCGGAUGAUCCUUCUAUCCUAUCCGAUAGCUCAUGGUUGCAUUAUCCAACAACAUCCAAUAGCAGCAGCAAUAUUUCCCCUGCAACAUCCGUGUCACCUUACUUUAAUCCAUAUGCCGAGUUUACAACACCAACAACGACACUAAAGCAAUCGACGAUGCCUGCUACAGCAACCAGCGAGAACCUAUCGUAUGUUGGUUACCCAGCAACAACAACAACAAAUGAGAUUACAUCAGAGCAAGCACUUCAAAACAUUGUGUAUCCAAGUAUGGAGGAGCAUCAUCAUCAACAACAACAAGGAUACAGUCCAGAAGUUGCACAUCACCUGAAUGUGCUGCAAAGUAUGCUCGAGACGGGGGCCGUGAAUCCCGCUGAUUUUGCCGUGCCAGUGACCAAUGAUGAGGAGAUGGCAAGCAUUAAUGCAUGGUUGGAGCGACUUUCUCAAAAUGUUGCACAGGAUCCCAUGAUGUUGGAUAGCAUGUACAGCAUCCCAUACGUUCCUCCUAGUGACCCUUAUGCCGAUUUGCUUGAACAACAACAACCACAACCACAAGCAGUAGAGGACCCCUAUGUCCAUUCACAUCCCAUUUUUCAAGAGGGUGGACAUGGUAUCACGGGGCAACGCGAUCAUUACAUGCCUCAACAAGAUAUGCUCAUGAUGGAUCAUCAGGGGUUUCAACCCACUAUCCAUUCCACCACCAAUCUUAUGAAUGCCAACGUCAAGAGCAAUGCGAGUUUUAGUGACAAGAACAAGCAUAAAGCACCUAUAGAUGGCGGGAGGCGUGAUAAAUCCGAGACUAUUGAAACGUUUCAGGCUAUCAAAACCAACAAGGCGUCCAGCGAAGAUCGCAAAAAUUUGACAACAUUAGCCAACGUGUUUAAUGAAAAGGGCAACAACACCUCCUCCUUACGUUCUUUUCCGCCUUCCAAAAAGGAAACAAAGAAAAAUGAUCUUGACAAAGGACAACAACAACAACUAGCAAAGGAAACCAAGCCGUCAACUCAACGUAAGCCUGUCAACAAAGACGUGAUGGAUAUUUUGGCAAGUGACCUUUCCGAUCUUACAAUCAAGAACAAAGAACAGCUUUAUCCCAAUGUCAGCCAGGAUACGAGGAAACAGCACAGGGCUCUCUUGAACCUCAUUCGUCAACAAAUCAACAACGCAUACAACAAUAGUAGAAAAGAAACCAAUGGCAACAACAAAUCAUCGACAACAACAACAACCAUCACCCAUCGUACAUAA